CGAUCAAUUAAUUAACUCCUAAUUAGCUAUGGCUCUUACCGCAUCAAAGAAGCUAGUUGCUCCGACGACCAUCAAUCGAUUGGUCCUACUCCUCCUGAUAAUAUUCAGUCUGUUCACCGCGACCACCGCAGCAACAAGCAGGCCCAGGCCCAGGCCCAAUUUAUGCGCCGGAGUGGCUCUGAAGGCUCCGCCAUCCGGCGGCUGCCACAUCAACUGCUUCCGGGCCGACCCGGUUUGUGGAGCCAACGGUGUGACCUACGGGUGCGGGUGUCCCGAAGCUUCUUGCAACGGGGUUCGGGUCAUCAAGCUCGGGCCUUGUUGAUCGGGCGGGGCUCCGAUUGAUCGGGCCGGCUGGCUACUUCCCGACGCGUUUGUGCAAUUUGUUGGUUUCGAGUACUUGGUUCCGUGAUUAGGGUUGUGUCGUCCUAAUUGUGGAUUAAUUAAUCUAUAAUAACACGGAUGUGUUUGUGAUCGCUAGUUUGUCGUCAUAAUAAGUGUGAAGUCAAUGUAAAGAGGCUACAAGAAAUAAUACCGUGGAAAUUUUCUAUUAAUAGCUUUGGUAUUUUUAAACAUUCAAAUUUAUUAUGGGUCCAACCUGAAUUCACAACUAGAAGGCUACAGUUGCCCCUGUUUGACACCGAUCCAGUGAUAAAAAGUGACACAACGCACCCGCCGGUCACAACAAAGUUCUUAAACCGAAGGUCACGCGACUUCAUUUUUUUCUUAAAUUUGUGAAGUACGCAUCUUUUCCGGUUUUCUCCCUGUUCCUAGCUAGCAUAACCCUAUUUUUGGAAUUCUAAGUUGAAGAUCGAUGUUAUAGGAGUGUUUGAAUUUUCGUUUUUAUGUUAGAUACAAGUGCAAAUUGUUAUUUUGUUGUAAUGCUAUAUGUUAUAUUAUAUACUUGUUCGAUGAGAUUUAAUAUAAUUUAUAAAUGUAUGGUAAUAUAAUAAACCAACAGCUAAGUUAAGGCUACUAAGGUUGUCCCGGUUUGACACUGAAUCUGUGAUAAAAAUGGCGUUACACACCCACAGGUCAACUCUCAACAAGGUUCUUAACUGACGGUCACACGACGUCGUUUUUCUUUUAAGUUUGCGAAGUGCACCACUUUUUCGAUUUUCCUCCUCACAUACCCCCUAUUUUUAGAAUUCUAAGUUGAGCAUUUGAAUAUAGGUAUUAUAUGAGU